CUCUGCCCCGCUUUCCCUUGUGCCCUCGGCGCGGCCCUUCCGCCCUUCCUCCCUCCGCCGCCGGCCGGGGGCUGCGACCGCCGCCGCUGCUAUGGGGCUGCCCACGCUGGAGUUCAGCGACUCCUACUUGGACAGCCCGGAUUUCAGGGAGCGCCUCAAGUGUCACGAGAUCGAGCUGGAGAGGACGAACAAGUUUAUCAAGGAGCUGAUUAAGGACGGCAGCCUCCUCAUCGGGGCCUUGCGAAAUUUAUCCAUAGCAGUGCAAAAAUUUUCACAGUCUUUACAAGAUUUUCAGUUUGAGUGUAUUGGAGAUGCUGAAACAGAUGAUGAAAUUAAUAUUGCUCAGUCCUUGAAAGAGUUUGCUCGGCUCCUGAUUGCUGUUGAAGAGGAGAGAAGACGACUGAUCCAGAAUGCUAAUGAUGUGCUAAUAGCACCACUGGAGAAGUUUCGUAAAGAGCAAAUAGGAGCAGCAAAAGAUGGGAAGAAGAAGUUUGACAAGGAAAGUGAGAAAUAUUAUUCCAUCUUAGAGAAGCACUUAAAUUUAUCAGCAAAGAAGAAAGAAUCUCAUUUGCAAGAUGCAGAUACACAGAUUGACAGAGAACAUCAGAACUUUUAUGAAGCAUCGUUAGAAUAUGUUUUUAAAAUUCAAGAAGUACAAGAGAAAAAGAAAUUUGAAUUUGUAGAACCUCUCUUGGCCUUUCUUCAAGGAUUAUUUACAUUUUACCAUGAAGGAUAUGAAUUGGCUCAGGAGUUUGCACCAUACAAGCAGCAACUGCAGUUCAAUUUGCAGAACACUCGGAAUAACUUUGAAAGCACUAGGCAGGAAGUGGAGAGACUCAUGCAAAGAAUGAAAUCAGCCAACCAGGAUUACAGACCACCAAGUCAAUGGACAAUGGAAGGCUAUCUCUAUGUGCAGGAGAAACGACCUCUUGGAUUUACAUGGGUAAAACAUUACUGCACUUAUGACAAAGGAACAAAAACUUUUACGAUGAGUAUAGCUGAAGCCAAAUCUGGUGGAAAAGUGAAUGGCCUUGUCACAAGCUCACCAGAAAUGUUCAAGCUAAAAUCUUGCAUCAGGAGAAAGACAGAUUCAAUUGACAAACGUUUCUGUUUCGAUAUUGAAGUAUACGAGAGACCUGGAAUCAUCACACUGCAAGCUUUUUCAGAAUCCAACCGAAAACUUUGGCUCGAAGCUAUGGAUGGAAAGGAACCGAUCUACACACUACCAGCCAUUAUUAGCAAGAAGGAAGAAAUGUUCUUAAAUGAAGCAGGUUUCAACUUUGUGAGGAAAUGUAUUCAUGCUGUAGAAACAAGAGGUAUUACAAUCCUGGGAUUGUACAGAAUAGGUGGUGUAAAUUCCAAGGUGCAGAAGCUGAUGAAUACCGUAUUUUCCCCUAAAUCUCCUCCUGAUAUGGAUAUUGAUAUGGAACUUUGGGACAAUAAAACAAUAACAAGCGGACUAAAAAACUACCUCAGGUGUCUUUCAGAACCACUGAUGACUUUCAAGCUGCACAAAGAUUUCAUUGUUGCUGUUAAGUCAGAUGAUCAGAACUACAGAGUUGAGGCAGUGCAUGCACUUGUGCAUAAGUUACCAGAGAAGAACAGAGAGAUGCUGGACAUCCUUAUUAAGCACUUGGUCAAGGUAUCAUUGCACAGUCAGCAAAAUCUAAUGACUGUAUCCAACCUUGGUGUUAUCUUUGGACCAACUCUGAUGAGAGCCCAAGAAGAAACCGUGGCUGCUAUGAUGAACAUUAAGUUUCAGAAUAUCGUCGUUGAAAUUCUGAUAGAGCAUUAUGAAAAGAUAUUUCACACUGCACCAGAUCCCAACAUUCCUCUUCCCCAACCUCAGUCCCGAUCAAGUUCAAGAAGGACAAGAGCCAUUUGUCUCUCCACAGGUUCACGUAAACCCAAAGGAAGAUAUACACCAUGUCUAGCAGAUCCUGACAGUGACUCGUACAGCAGUAGCCCAGACAGCACUCCCAUGGGCAGCAUUGAAUCUCUCUCUUCUCACUCCUCUGAGCAGAACAGCACCACCAAAUGCACACCCUCCCAGCCAAGGGAGAAAUCCGGAGGGAUUCCAUGGAUUGCCUCUCCUGCUUCUUCUAAUGGCCAGAAAAGUUCAGGCCUGUGGACUACAAGUCCAGAAUCCUCAUCAAAGGAGGAUGCAACCAAAACAGAUGUGGAGUCGGACUGCCAAAGUGUAGCUUCUGUCACUGGACCAGAGAAUGCCUCUCCACCAACAGACCUGACCAAAAAGAGUUCCUACAGUCUGUCUGGCCUGAAAAGGUCUUCAGCAUCUUCCCUUAGAUCAAUUCCAUCAACUGAAGGUAACAAAAGUUGCAGUGGAUCUAUACAGAGCUUAUCUUCAACAGAUACCAAAGACACCUUAAAGGCUCCUCCAAACCCUGAUUUGCCUCCCAAAAUGUGCAGAAGAUUAAGAUUAGAUACUGCAUCAAGUAAUGGCUAUCAAAGACCUGGAUCUGUAGUGGCUGCAAGAGCGCAGUUGUUUGAAAGUGCUGGUUCACUUAAACAAGUUUCUUCAGGACGGCAAGCAAAAGCCAUGUAUUCCUGUAAGGCUGAGCAUAGUCAUGAGCUGUCUUUCCCACAGGGGGCAAUAUUUUCCAAUGUGUAUCCAUCAGUGGAACCAGGAUGGUUAAAGGCAACUUAUGAGGGCAAAACAGGACUAGUUCCUGAGAAUUAUGUUGUCUUCCUCUAGUAAUCUUUAGUGGACAGCAAUAUCUUCAUGGUAUCCAUGGUAACAAAUAAUAAGCACUAUGAUUUUUAUCUGACACAGAUAUGGGAUCAGCCCCUUAGCUGAGCGGUAGAUUUCCUUCAGAUGCUGCAGCUGCAGGUUACACAGCUCCCUGUCAAUGGAACAGAAUGUAAUGAAACAGUUAACAGUUUCUGUACUGAAGACGGUACUCUGCUUAAAUAACUUCCAUUGUUUGCAAAAGGUUGUUCUGUUCUUCUUUUAUGGGUAAGGAACACUAGAGCAAUAAAAUAAAAAAAAAUUGCUGUUUAGCUGAAGACUUUCAGGUCCAAGGAUGUUGCUCACAGAAGUGUGAAAUUUAGAGGCAAUGCGCUCUAUGACAUCUCUCACAAUCUCUCUUUUUAAAUAUGGAAAAUCAUGGAUUUUUUCAUAAUGUAAGUACUGCUUCUAUUGUGAUCGGAAUUCUCCAUUAGAAAACUUGAUUCUAAAAUUAGUCCUAAUCAUUUCAAAUAAGAAAUGAGUUUUCUGUAAAUUAGAAGUUUGAACUUCUGUUAGUCAUUGAGAUUACAAUAUGGUAGAGGAUUUAUGCAGCUGAUAAUAUCAGUUUAUACACUGCCUGAGCAGUAAGUGCUCAUUCAAAAUGUGAUGUGUUUAAUGAAUGUUUCAUUCAAAUACUUCUUAAAUUUCUUUCUUUCUUUCUGUAUCAGUAUAAAUAAUAUUAACAACUUUUAUUUCAAUGAUAUCCAUCAUCUGGAAGAUAUUCUCAGUGUAUCUCAAAACAACAUCUGUAGAAAACAAGGAGAUGCUGAAUCUGGAGUGACUGGGAGUCUUGGGAAGUGAAAAACAGCAAUAUGUUUUGAAACCUGAGAUAAAUUGUAACUGAUUCUUUUUCCAACUUUUUUCAUUGCAAAUAAGACAAGUGGCCUGUGAACUAGCCAAUUUUAUAAGCUAUGAAUGCUGAAAGCUCUAUGUAGCAAUAAAAGUAUUUAGUAUUAUUUCUCCUGACUUCUACUAAAAUAUUUGACAAACAAUUCUCCUUCCAAAGAAUAAAAAAUCCUUACUUUUUAAAGGUGGUGUAAAGACCAAUUGUUUGGUUCUGGUAGAACUGAAGAGAAAAAAAUGAAAACCAAAGUCAAAGAAGUCUCAGAAACAUUAAGCAGCUUUCUCAGUCUGAGCAUCUUUCUUGUACACCUUGAGGGAAAACAUGCAUUGCUUGCUUGGCUGCUUAUCAUGCCUGAUUGAAAACGAGGAUAUUUAACCUUUACAUUAGUAUUUCUUCAACAUUAGUGCUUCCAGGAGAAUUUACUGUUUCAUAAAACCAUCUAGGCUUAGUUUCAUAGACCUGUCCAGGCUUAGUUCUUUCUUCAGGAGCAGAAAUCAUCAUACAAAUCUUCUACUGAUUUCUAAGUUGUACACUACUUCCAGAAAAUUUAAGGAAGAACUUCUGCUAGGACUAAAAACAUCCACAAUUGUUUAACUGCUUCUUUUUUCCUUCCAUAGCCUUCUUCUUGUUUAAGUUGGAAAAUCAGAUUUAUUGCCAACAUAAAGAAGCACAUCAGAACAUUCUUUACUUAUAUGUAUAAGUAUAUAUAUACUUAUAUAUAUUGUAGUGCAUGAUUUCUUCAGAGCAAUUGUUAGAAUUCAGGCCAGUGGCAGAAGCCUGCAGGAUCCUUUUCCUCAUUAAUUCAAGUAUCAAGUGGUGAUCAGGGAAGGAGAGAGGCUGAAAGAGCAUCCUUCCAAAAAUGGUCUAGCGUUUUAGAGCAGGAGUCUGGGCAAGGCUGACUGCAGGCAGUUGAGGACAGACCCCUUGAAUUAGUGACUGAGUGACUUGAGUCACCCUAAACAGUUUCAUUAGUCCCAAACCAUGUUUCACUUCAUCUUAAGUCUAGACUGUACCCAGUGCAUUGUGAUGAAGGGUUGCUCUAGAUGUCACUGACAGUGAAGGUCUUUUCGAAUCUGAUUGAGUGUUUCUUUGUUUUAAGGCAAGCCAAGUUUUCUUAGUGUAAGCUAUGCUUGAAACUACCAUUGCCCUGAGAAGAUGAACAUGGUUUUGGUUGUGCUUCUGCUGUAUUUCACAAUUGAAAAACUGCAGGCUGUCAAAAGGCUUACCUCUGGUGACCUUCUUGGGAGAAGUGCUGCUGCAGGCAAAAAGGAGCAGGAAGGGAAGCAGAGCUUUGAGCAGAGGUUGGAGACCCAGCACAUCUCACACAGGCAGAGAAAUGCAGUGGUCUGGGGAAAAAAUCCCAACUUUUGUCUAUUGCAGGGAGUCACUGGCAAACCUCUAUUGAACAUCCUUUGAUAACCCCUCAUACUUCUCAGGGGCAAUUUAAUUGUUGUGAAAUCUUGUAGAAUGGUGAAAUAGAAAAUUUUUGCUCCUACUUGCUUUGUUCUAGCCUUAUUUAAAAGUAAGCAGAAAUAAACCCCUAAGCUUAGGUAAUUUCACAUCCCCUGUAUAUGUCUCACAACUUUCCAAUAUUGUGUUUUGAAACCAGCUGAUCUGGGUGCAAGCUAUAGGACUCAAAGAUGUCAAGUUCAUAAAACAUUUUGUAAAAAUGCAAAGCCGAGUUAGAGAUUCAGCAAGAAGAACCUGCAAGUGCUGAGGCAAAAGUUGUAGAAAGACUUGGAGGAAUCCCUGUGUGGGAGAAGUGUUUCAUCUGUUCUGAGCAUUCAUCUCACAUUAGAUACAACUUUGGAUUGCAGAAGACAACUUUAUAAGAAACUGGAUUCCAUUCAUGUGCUGCUCACAAAACAAAUCUGUAUUUUCCUCCCUAAGACUCUGGAGCUUUUUCAGGCCCUUCUUCUGAACAAACCAUAAUUUUUAAGUAGUUUAUCUUAAAAAUAACAUUUCCACCUGAAAAAGGUCAUGCCCAUUCUUACUUACUCACUCUCCAGGAGUAGGGGUUUUCAUUUUUUUUGAAAUCUUCUGUGUUUUUCUUUUACUCUGCUUUGCAACAGGUAGUAGCACUUUCUGUAUAAUCUCACUGCUGGUUUGUGGAUGCCCUAACUCUUCCCUGACUUUCAAAAGGGAGUUUAUCUCUGCAAGAAGCUGUACAGUGAACCAGAAAGUUAAGUAAGUAGGGUGCAAAGGCUGAAAUGGGGGUGAGGACAGCACCAAAGCUUCUCUAAUGAUGACACUCUCGGGCCUGACCAAAAAUCCUUUCUGAUAAUAGCAAAGAAUCAGAAAUCCAUAUAGCAUUUAAAUGAAGAUAUAAUAUCUUGAUAGUGCCUUACCAGAAAAUAAGGCAAUCUGAACUAAAUUAGUUCAUAGUAUUGAUUUAAUGUUUUUUAUGAAAGUUAGAUUUACUGUACAAGGAAAGGUUUCAAUUUUUUUUAAUAAUUAUUCUUAUAUUUCUUAAAAGGAUGCAGCAGGUUUUUUUCCAAAAUUGAUUGUAGAACUCAAGGUAAUGACACAUUGUGAUUGCUGUUUGUCUUGUGGAUAUAAUGUCUGUACCCACAACAUAUAACAACAAAUAAUUAGCCGUUUUUUCUUUGUCAAACCUUUUGAUACAUGUUGCAGCACAACAUGAAUCAAAUUAAUAGUGUGAAGGACUGAUAUAUUGUAUGAUAAAUAUGUAAAGUAUAUUAAUAUUUUAUAGUCACACUUUUUAUUAAUUAUUCUAAAGAUUAAUUUUUUGUAAUUCCUUGUGUUAAAUUGUUCAGUAUUAAAAUGUCCUUGCCAUAUUUUGGCAUUUAGAUGUAUAUGUAACAAAACUCUUAAAUUAAACCAUAGCUAUCACUUAUUUCCCUAACUAAUCUAUAAUGUUCAUUGUACAAUUAUUUCCAUGAAAAAAAGAUGCACAGAUUUGCUGACCAGUGCUAUUCUAUGAUAGUAAUAGUAACUUAUUUUCCUUUUAUAUAUUUUCUGGUGCUAACCUCUAUUCUUUGGCUGUAAUUGGAUUGAAUUGUAAUAUGCCUUUAGGAAAGACAUGAUAGUAGAGGAAAAGUUGCAAAAUUCUGCAAUUCAGAACAAUUAUUACAACCAAAAAAAAGUACUGUAUGGCAGUAAUUGGAUUUUUUUUGUUGUUAACUUUUCUCCCCUGACCUAUUUUCUACUUAAUAAGAUU